ACAUGGGUCCUGCUGGUACCGUCUCUCCCGAUGGAGGAGUGUAACCUCGAUGCAACGGCACAUUUGCACGAAGUAGCCAUUUUGGCUCAAGACAGUAGGUCUUCUUGUUCCCUGCCCUUGCGCAUGCAACCCAUCAUUGUGGUAUACUUUCCCAAUAGAUGGCAGUUGGUCACAGGGACUUGGGGACCAUCUUGAAGAAGCGUGGAUACACAGAGGUUCGCAAGAUCGGGGAAGGUUCCUUCGGCAAGGCGAUCCUCGUGCACGCCAAGGAGAGCAUGAAGCUUGUUUGCAAGGUGGUCGACGUGAGCAAGGCUUCUGUAAAGGAGACCAAGGCUGCGAUGCAGGAGGGUCAGGUACUAGCUUCCCUUAAGCAUCCGUACAUAGUACGCUACCGCGAGAAUUUUACUGAGGCGGGGUGGUUCUGCAUCCUCAUGGAUUAUUGCGAGGGGGGAGAUCUCACCAGACAGAUCGAGCACGCCCGUAAGCGCCGGGAAGGCUUGGCCGAGGUUCAGAUCCUGAGGUGGUUCACGCAGGCCGUGCUUGCACUGAAGUACAUCCACGAUAAGCACAUUUUGCACAGGGACCUCAAGCCUAGCAAUUUCUUCCUGUCCAAGAGCGGCAGCCUGAAGAUGGGCGACUUCGGUAUAGCCAAGGUCCUCUCCUGCACGAUGGCGUGCGCCCAAACCCAGAUCGGGACCCCCUACUACCUCAGCCCCGAGGUCUGUCAGGAGAAGCCGUACGCCUGGCCUGCCGACAUUUGGUCGUUGGGAUGUAUCCUGUACGAGAUGUGUGCGCUGAAGGUUCCCUUCAACGCGUCCAAUAUCUCCGGCCUGGUGCAAAAGAUCUGCCGUGGGCCCACGCCGACGGUGCCACCGAAGUACUCGGACUUCAUUCGCCAGCUGUGCAGCGAGAUGCUGAGCAGGAGCCCCUCCUCCAGGCCCUCGUCCGACGAGGUGCUGAAGCGCUCCGCGAUCCAGACCAUCGUGCGGCAGAUGCUGCAGGAGGCGCAGCAGGAGCCCGACGGCAGGCAGGCAGCCCGGGCGGACGAGCGGCCCGCGCCCCGGGCGGUGCCCGCGCCGGGGGAGGGCACGCCCCGCCCCGCCGCGGCCCCCCUCCCGCCCCCGCCCGCGGCAGGCCCCGCGGCCGCCCUGCGGGUCACGCCGCCCUGCGUCGCGGGGUACGCCGCGUGCGGGCCGUACGGCGACACGGCGGGCGCCUACAGGAAGGGGGACCUCGUCGAGUACCUCUCCAGCACGCACCAGGAGUGGCUCUCUGCCACCGUCUCCGCCGCGGACUGCGCGGGGCGCGUCCAGAUUGACCUGAAGCCCAACACGUGGAUCACUCCAGAGGACCAGGCCACGAAGGUCCGGCCUCGCAGGCCGGCGGCCGCGGUGCGCGGGGUGGCCACCCCAGCCAGGGGGCGGGCCUCGCAGCGAGCGCUGGAGCCGCGCGGGCCCUCGCCCGUGGCCCGCCGGAAUUGGGCCGCCGGUGCACUGGACCGGAACCCGCAGAGGAGCCCAUCGGUGGACGGCGUUCCAGGCUCGCGGAACGCGACGCCGGUGCCCGCCGAGCGCGACUUCUCCCCCGCGCGCUUCGCGGCGGGCGGCCCAGGCAGCCGCGCCAACUCGCCGAGGCGGUCGCCGAGCCGGGGCCGAUCGCCCUCUCCCAGCAGGGGCGGUGCCGGCGCCCCUCGGUGUGGAGGUGCUGCUGCGGCCAGUCCUCGCUUAGGCGGUGGUGCGGCUCACCCGGCGGGCAUUCCGCGGAUAGACAGCCCGAUGCGGCGCCGUAAUCCCUCUCUGGGCGCGGCCGGGGCAGCCAUCGCGGGUUCUUGAAGCGCAUGGCGAGGCGCCCUUGGCGCCCCAUGCAUCCUGCCGAAAGAUGAUGCGGCAAUAAGGCUAUUGUUUGACAGUCGCGAGCUGAGCGACGACUCGUUUUGCUGAGUAGGUCGACGCAGAAGGUGCUUGCAAAUUGUUUCAGAGGGUUCUUGCUUCUGAUGCCUGGGAAGGGGACUCUUGAGUGGAUCUACGUCUGGGAGCCCACUUAAUUAGCUAGUUGCCUCCAGACCAUGCUGACACCGUCCUGUGUCGUGGAUCAGAAGCCUCGAGGGUGCCCCUUAUGGUCUCUCGGGGUGCAUCUUGGGCUGCGAUCGAACGCGCACGCUUCUGCUUCUGCGUGAGCUCAUGAUCACGAUCACGGGUGUGCGUUAGCUUAUGCUGACGUAGGGUAU